AUGGACGACGACGCCUGGUCCAUGAUCGGAUUGACGCGAGAAGACCAGGAGAGAAUCCCUGUCAACACGAUCAUGGACAUCCGUGAGCGGGACCAGACAGACGAAGACGCCGCACUGGCCAGGCACCUCCACGCCGCUCAAGUGGCAGAGGCAGCACAACAACAGCAGCAGCAGGCCAGCUCAGCCAGUCACAACUACGGCAACAACUACGACAACAACGACAACUGGAGCGAUUCGGACGGGUGGGAUCCUCUGCUGCUGCCCCAUGCGCAGCCAGGCCCUGCUCCUGUGGCUGCCGCAGCCGCUGCUUCGUCGGGAGGCGGUGGUGGUGGGUGGACGUCGGGUGGCGUGAGCAGGCCCAGCGGCAGCGGGCAGCAGCAUCUACAGGGUCGUCCGGAGAUGCACAAUUCCUCUCAGGUGUGCGGAUGGGCGGUGUGGUCCACCUGUGUGUGGUACGUCUGUUGUGGCGCUUGUGGGGUGUGUGUGCAGGGUGGGGGAGGUGGGGGCGGUCGUGCCGCAGCAACAAGACCAUCCAGAUCAGGGGGCCGUCUGGCCGCAUCAGACACGUGAGGCAAUAACACGAUGCACUCGACGAUGCAUGGCCAUCCAUCCGGCGCAAAGGCCUCUCCUUUCUCUGGUUCCUUGCCUUUGCAGGUAGUCCGUUACGGUGUUAGCAUUGACGAGCUGCGCCAGGAGGUGCUGAAGCUGCUCCGGCUGGACGACAGUAGUGUCACCGUCCAGCUGCUCGUCCGGGGCUCGUCCAUCCGGGACGUCGACGCCCUGCGAGACGGCGAUGAGGUGGCGUUUACUCCCCUCCCACUCUCACCGCACCGCACUACCCCAGCCCCCUCAGCCGCACCAUCAGCCAACAGCGAUCGACAAGCGCCAACCACAGCCCCCAACGGACGAGCGCCGGAGCUGCCGCGGCCUGGGACGACGGCCACCGACGUAUCGGUGAGGAGGGAUGUGUGGGUAUGUGUAUGUUAUGUGGGUGCAGCAAUGUGUUGUGGUACGUGUGUUGUGUGUAUGUUAUGUGUGUGCAGCAAUGGAAAAAGCGCCCGACAGACACCGGGUUCGGCGAUAUAUUCGUGGAGGAGGGGGAGCUGAACGGCCAGCUGUUUCUCAAGUUGAAGAUCCCAUUGAGCCGAUACAACAAGAAUGCAUCGGUGAGCGGAAGGAAUGGCUGGCAUGUGUCCAGGGGGGCGGGGGGGAGGGAGGGAGAGGUGCGCAGAGGGUCGGUCUGUCUGUCAGUCAGCACAGUCUCGUGUUCGUUCGGUCUGCAGGUGCGGGAGCCGGUGCUUAUCCACAAGUUGCUGUCUGAGACGGUGCGCCAGUCCUCACUCGAGUCGUCUGUGGCGAAGCAGCUCGGGGAAUUCGAGCAGGAUGGGUAUCAUGUGGUCGUCCUCGAGAGACCUCCCAUGCCCUUGCGCGACUUCUUCAGGGAGCAGUAAGUAAGGCGGGAAGAGAUGUGUGUGGCGGCUCUCGCCCUCGUCAACACGUCCCUUUGUGUGUGUGUGUGUGUGUGUGGUGCAGCAUCGAGCACGUGGGUGUGGCUGAGUCGGUGGUCUUUUGGUUCGUAGGUGACCUGCUGCGGCUGCCGUGCAGAGUGAGGAGAAGGGAAACAAAUCGAGAUACACACAUACCAGGCAUUCAGUCAUGUUGGCCUCGUCUGUCGAUGCGAUGCAUUCAGCGGCAUCACUCACGGGGGCAUGUCGCUCGACACGAUCGGCCUCCGCCCCAUCGCCGACCAGAGUCGCCGCGCCUACCGGAAGCCGUGUGUCUUCAAUUGGCAAACUCCCUUCAGGGGCCGGCCCACUGUGCGUGUCUCUCUGUUUUCUUUCCAGGUGUGCCCUCAUCGUUGCCUACAUUUUAUAUCUCGGAGGAAUUUUCAUCAUUUCCUCGGCACCUCACUUGGACUUCUCAAUGCGCAACUGUGUGGGAUAGAAGACGUCCACGGUGGUGGUUUGCGAGCUCUGUGACGGUCUUCAGAAGAGUUUGAGUGAGAUCUGAGGUUUUUGGCUGCGUAAAGGCCAUUUGGCUGACCACAGGUGCGCUCUGCAGGCUAUAGCGGCCGAUAGAAGACUGCCGAACCAUCGCAGAAUGAGUUCGGAAGCCAAGACAGUCUAUGUCCGACUGAAGGGACGCACUUGUUGGCCUCGGCAGCAGGUGAGGCAAUCAACGCUCUCGAUGUGAUGCCGGCCGGCUGGCUGAGGCGCCCAAACCACACACCGUUGCACUGCUUUGUCCGUUGUCUGUCUGUCUGUUUGUUUGUCUGCGGUGCGUUCAGUCGGUGAGUGAGGGCAUGACUCUAGCUCAGUUCCAUCAGCAGCAGCGCAAGUUUUUUCACCUGCCCAGCGACACUUUGGUGCGGGUCUUCGACACAGAGUGGCGGGAGGUGGUGGAUCUGGACGACCUAGACGACGAGGAGACCGUACAGCUAAGUGUGGAGCUGCCCGAUGACGUCGAGGCGCCGCACAACGAUCCCACCCCCUCGCCGCCCGACAGCAUCCCCACCCCAUACUCCCAGCCUCACGGCCAGGGUGCCACACCGACCCGCGCAUCCACACCAGCCCGCACACGGGGUGCCGCCACGAGCGGCGCUGCAGCGGCCGGCAGCGACGUCGGGGAGGGUGCGGAGGGUGCGGAGGGGUCGGAGGAGGGCGGUGGUGUGGGGGAGGGCGGCGAGGGCGGAGUCGGUGACAAGAGUGUGGGCGGCGGUGAGUUUGCGGCCGUUGACGUGUUGUGGCACCUCGAUGGGUCGCAGUCCACGGCGUUUGCGCGGCUGAUGGAGCUCCCCGUCAAGAGUAAGGAGGGCCACGAGCUCGUGGCCCUUCUGAUACCCCACAGCCAAUACACAAUGGAGGUGAUCAAGGGAGGGAGAGAGGGAGGGAGGGAGGGUCAAUGUGCAUAUGUCUGUGUAUGUGUGUCUGUCUGCAGGUCAAGCGAGCCGCUGAUAUUCACGACUGGGCAUCGCAGCAGCAGCUGCCGGCGGUGUGUAAGGUCGUGCACCGGCGUACCAUGAGAUCGCCGUCCAGAAACCCAUCGUAGAACUGAUUAGCUUCUUCAACCAGUAGUAAGCAAGGCGAAAGAGAGAGAUUCACCUCAACUCACAACAUCCAUCCAUCGAUUCAUCCAUCCAUUCUGUGGUCAUAGAACGCCUCUGUGUGUGGUGUGGCGUGGUGUGUGUCACCCCUGCAGUUGCCGGUGCGGAUGGCCCGAGCAGGCCGUGGCGUCGUUCCUCAGGGACAUCGCGUGCCUCCUCGUCAAACUCCACAAGGAGUAAGUGCGCGACGACGGGCGGAGAGAGAUCACACACACGCAAAGACAUCCACACCCACACCCGUUCACUCGCGUGUGUGUCCCUGUCUGUCUGUCUGUCUGGAUGCUGGUGGGUUCAGGGGUGUGAGCCAUGCCGGCCUGUCCAUCAGGUCCAUCGGCCUCAGCCCAGUGUGCUGCGCGGACGGCGCGCGGACGGCGUUCCGCCUCAAGGCCUUCGUCUACAAGUGGGACAACGCCAUCCGCGGCCGCACGUGAGCAACCAACGACACACAGACACAGACACAGACACAGACGCCCAUCUCCCUCCCUCUCUGUGUCUGUGUGUGUCCGUGCUAUGCGAUGAAUGCCAUUCAUUCAUUUAUUGUAAUCAGGCGGAUGCAGCCCUCGCGGUCCUUCUACGUGGCGCCCGAAGUGUUGCAGGGCCGUCACUGCGGCACGGCCACUGACAUCUUCGCACUGGGUGGGCAAACAGCCUCACCGACACACACGUCCUUCCGUCGCUCCAGACACACAGACACAGACAGAAACAAGGGGCUGCAUGGCUAUCCCCCCUGUGUGUGUCCAUUUAUAUCAGACCACCGCUGCCUGCAUUUUAUAUUGUGGAGGCAUAUCCUCUCCUUUCGCCGGUUGCCAAACAGGCGUCUCCGUCUUCGCCUUCAAGCUCACGGCCAUAUGAGGGGGGUCAGAGCCGCACACCCUGAGCGAGCCGCCUUCACUGCAGCCGUCUGUGAGUGCAAGUGUUUAACAGAAGACGGAGACCAACUACAUCUUCUUCGUGACGAGUCCCGUCAUCCGCGGCUCGUCACGAAAAGACUCUGACGACGAUGACGCGGACAACAACGAGUAUGACGGCUGCGGCAGCCGCGACACCCAGGCAGACCACGGCAGCCACCCCGUCCCCUCCCCAUCGCCAUCCAACGAGGCCCCCACGUCACCUCAUGUGGCCGACUAGCCACUGCACGACAGCACUGCACCAGCGUCGCCAUGCACGACCGCCGUCAUUCGCAGAUGCGACGUGGAGUUCAUCCCACCCACCACUUCACCCGCCACACCGCCAUCACCAUCGCCCCGUGACAGAAGCCCCUCCCCCGUGCCCAGCCAGUCGCCGUCACUCGCGAGCACCAUCACCCCCCGCCACAGGACGCCCAGCGGAGAACUCCUGCUGAGAUCUGACACUUCUCAGCCUUCUCCCCCUACCAACACCAGCAGCCCAAGCAGCACCAGCUCCACCAGUAGCACCACCGACGGCAGCGCCAAGGAGGCCUACUCUUCGCCCCGACUGCACUGGCGCUCGUUGCCUUAAUGACCUCGACCUGCCUGUCGUGUG